GUUAAUUGACUCCGAUUUGCACAUUCAUGUGCACGAAUCUCUUCUUUACUGUUGGCAGUAAAUAAUAAUAAGAGAGAUAAAGAAAAAAAAGAAUGCUCAAACCAGUAUAUAUCCUGUGUUUCUGCUGGAGUCUACUAGCCUCAACUGUAAUGUGCAAGUUGGGUGAUAUUCCCUCUCCACGCAUUGUUGCAAUGGGCGAUCUGCAUGGUGACUAUGACAAUACCCUCACUAUUCUCCAGUUUGCUGGAAUUGCCAACCAGACUGGCCAUUGGAUCGGCAAAGACGCAAUUUUCGUCCAAACGGGAGAUGUCGUCGAUCGCGGGCUUGAUACUAUCCGGUUGUAUGACCUCAUUCAACAACUUCGAGAAGAAGCUAGAGAUGCCGGCGGGCUAGUGAUCCCUUUGCUAGGUAACCAUGAAAUUAUGAAUCUUGUUGGAGACCUUCGUUACGUGAGACCUGAAGAAACAGCUACAUUUGGUGGAGCCAAGGAGCGUUCCAAAGCCUGGGCUGCCGAUGGAUUUAUUGGCAGUUACCUCAUUAAUCUCAACAUGACUACCAAAGUUGGAUCCUCUGUCUUUUGCCACGGUGGAAUUCACCCUUACUUUGCCAAGUUUGGUGUCGACUGGAUCAAUGACCAAACUCACCAAUCUAUCGAAGGAUACAUGAAAGGACGAGGUCGGCACGGUGAUCCUGAGGGAGUAUUUAGCGGCGAAGGACCAACAUGGUACCGUGGUUAUGCUCUUGAUCCUGAAGAAGAUGUCUGUCCUAUGCUCGAUGCAGCCCUCAAGAUGAUGGAGGCUGAUCGCAUUGUUGUUGGUCACACCGUCCAAAGAGAUGGAAAGAUUCACACUCGUUGUGAUGGAAAGGUUGUCUUGAUUGAUAUUGGUAUCUCCUAUGUGUAUGGUGGGCAUCGAGGUGCUAUUGAAAUUAUCGGAGACCAGGUUAUAGCCAUCUACGAAGAUAGAAAGGAACUCUUGAGUCCUCAACCCAAACCUUUUCACAUAGAAUUAUAAAGAGAAGUAUUGUCUUGGUUUGUCAGCUUAUUGAAAAGAAAAAGGGCAAUUGAAAGAUUCUCGUAAAUAAGAAGUUAAUAAAUAAAGGGAUAGAAAUG